UUGCUCCAUUCAACUCUGAAUCGGCCAACUUUCCAUCUAUUAGUUUGAAAUAUUAUACCAAACUCUCCUCGCAGAAGCAAAGAAUCAUUGCCCCGAUCAUAUACAUAUACUCAUACAUAUUACACAUCCAAUACAUCCCUAAAUAACUUUAAUAAUUCUCCAUUUUUACCUCCUCUGCCUAAAUCCCAAUGCUUUAAUUGCAAUAUAUCUACACCUAUAUACAGACUGCGUUUUUCUGGGUCUGCAUUGAAUGAGAAGCAAAGGAAAGGAGUGAAGAAUAAGAACCAUGGCAGGUCGUAGAGAUGGACCCUUAAUGAGGGACAGUUCCCAUUCUCUCUGCAAAUCAAAGAUCACAAUCGCCAUAGCCAUCGGAGUCCUUUUCGGCUGCCUUUUCGCAUUCUUUUUCCCCAAUGACCUCUUCAUUACCUACUCCAAUUCCAAUCCCGCUUUCAAUCGCCGCCUCGCCAAUUCUAAUACCCAGGUUAGUUCGACCAAAUGCGAAUCAUCUGAUAGGAUCAACAUGUUGAAGACAGAGUACAUGUUAGCAUCUGAUAAAAACAAUGAGUUGAAAAAGCAGGUUAGAGAAUUGACUGAAAAGCUUCGUUUGGCUGACCAAGGGAAGGAUCAAGUUCAGAAGCAGGUGCAAAUGUCUGGUCAUCAGCAGAAAUCUGGGCCUUUUGGUACUGUUAAAGGAUUAAGAACCAACCCAACUGUUGUUCCUGAUGAAUCUGUGAACCCAAGAUUAGCAAAGAUCUUGGAAAAGGUUGCAGUUAAAAGAGAGCUUAUUGUUGCACUUGCAAACACAAAUGUGAAGGAGAUGUUGGCGGUUUGGUUUGCCAAUAUUAAGAAAGUGGGAAUACCCAAUUAUCUGGUUGUUGCAUUGGAUGAAGAGAUUGCUAAGUUCUGUGAAUCCGAGAAUGUUCCUGUUUAUAAGAGAGAUCCUGAUGAUGGCAUUGAUUCAGUGGCGAGGACAGGAGGAAACCAUGCUGUAUCCGCAUUGAAAUUUCGCAUUUUGAGAGAGUUUUUGCAGCUAGGAUAUAGUGUUCUUUUGUCAGAUGUUGAUAUUGUUUACUUGCAGAACCCAUUUGAACACCUUUAUCGUGAUUCAGAUGUAGAGUCCAUGACUGAUGGUCAUGAUAACAUGACUGCUUAUGGGUUUGACGAUGUCUUUGACGAGCCUGCAAUGGGGUGGGCUCGAUAUGCUCAUACAAUGCGGAUGUGGGUUUACAACUCUGGUUUUUUCUACAUUCGACCAACAAUUCCUGCAAUCGAACUUUUGGAUCGUGUAGCUGGACGGCUUUCGAGGGAACCAAACUCUUGGGACCAGGCAGUAUUCAACGAGGAGCUGUUUUUCCCUUCACAUCCUGGUUAUGAAGGGCUUCAUGCUUCCAGGAGAACCAUGGAUUUCUACCUAUUCAUGAAUAGCAAGGUGCUCUUCAAAUAUGUGAGAGAUGAUGCUAAACUGAGCAAGCUUAAGCCAGUAAUCGUGCAUGUGAAUUAUCACCCUGAUAAGUUUCCAAGAAUGAAAGCAGUUGUGGAUUUCUAUGUUAAUGGGAACCAGGAUGCACUGAAAGCCUUUCCGGUUGGUUCAGCUUGGUAAGCCUUCUUGUUUGUUCUGCUCACAAAUUUUCUUGGCAUUUUAGAUGCUUUUUGGAUUACUCAAAAGAAACGUAAAGUAAAAACAUUUCAAGGCAUACAUGUAGGUUACGUGAUCUGAUGAACUAAUUUUGUCCUUUAUGAAUGCUGGAUUAUUUUACUCCAACACAAAAUGCUUGGUGAUUUUGUUAUUUCUACUAAUCUUUUACAUGUUAACGUGGGAAAUGAUAUGAUUCAUUUCAUCCUUUUCCUAUA